AUGAACCGCGUCCAACAUCAAACCAAGAAGAAGAAAGUCUUUGUGGACAAUAAAAACUCUGCCUUCUCUCAAAGAAACACUGACGAUGCUGCAUCCACUGAAUCAAGUAAUACUAGUGGUGCACCACCACCAUCCGAACAUCAACAACAAAAGCAACAAAAAAAGAUGGCUUUUAAAAAGGUGAACAAUAAUAACAACAACAACACUGCUACAUCAACAAGUGCUAGUGGCAGUGUAAGUAAUAGUGCCAUUAGCAAAUUUACUUGUUGUAUUUGUUGUGAAGAAUCAAGUGUUAGAACAAUUUUCCAAACUUGUAACCAUAGUGAUGUCUGUCACAAAUGUUCCUUGAGAUUGCGUGUUUUAAACAAUGACAAUCGUUGUUGCAUUUGUAAGAACGCUUCAGAAUGUGUCAUUUUCUCACAGAGGCAAAACAUCAAGUCAUUCUCGGAAUAUACAAAAGAUGACUUGGUCUAUGAUGAAACAUGGAAGGUUUAUACAGAUGAUUAUUUAUUAAUGAAUGAUAUAACUUCUCUGAGAAGAAUAGAAUGUAGGCUGUGUAAGGAAAGCGGUGUUACACUUGCUUUUGAAAAUUCCAACCUUUUAAACAACCACAUGAACGAGGUUCACAAACUCAACUAUUGUGCAUAUUGUUUAGCGAGUAGAAAAGUAUUUUUGUGUGAACAGAAGCUUUAUAAUUGGAGCAAUUUAAUGAAGCAUAUUAGAUUUGGUGAAGAGGAUCCAAACUAUGGUAAAAUUGAAGGACAUCCUCUCUGUAAAUUCUGUAAUGUUAGAUUCUAUUCCGAUGACGAAAUCUUUGAUCAUAUGUAUAAGAGACACGAAAGAUGUUUUAUUUGUCAAAAACAUGGUGUUCAAUUCGAAUUCUAUCAUGAUUAUAAGCAUUUGGAACGUCACUUUGAUCAAAAGCACUUUUUAUGUCCUCACAGUGAAUGUAAAGAGGACGGGUUCAAAGUUUUUGAGAAUGAAUUGGAAUUGAUGGCCCACAAAAAUAGAUAUCACUCUUCGACCACUAGUACCUCUAAGAAAUCCAAGACUCAAAAAUUGGAUCUUUCAACACUUUCCACAACAACUCACCUUCCAACAGAUGAUGAAAGAAGGCAAGUAAGAACAGGUGAAAUCAAUUCAUCUAUCAUUAGAUUUGUCGACACUGCUGGUGAUGGUUAUCACAAUGACAAUAUUCAUAAGAAACAACCAGGUGAAUCAUCUAACAAUAAGAAGCAAAAACAAAAGAAGGAAAAGGAAUCUAGCUCUGACUUUAAGGAGAAGAAUAAUCAACUUGUAAAAAAGAUGAAAGAAUUAUUAUCCGAGAAUCAAUUCCAGGAUCUUAAGGUUCUGAGCAGUCAAUUUUUGCGAGGUGACACACUUGCUAGCGAAUACUACUCAAAGGUAAUCUCAAUGCUGGGUGAAGAAAAGACGAAGGAUAUUUUUGAUUUGAUGGUUGAAGCAAUUCCACCACAAGACGAAAAUAAGAAGAAAGCUCUUCUCUUAGCUAAGAAUACCUAUCAUUCUGCUGAAUUUAAUCCAAAUUUGGGUAAGGAGGAUGCUAACACUACCUCUUCUCCUCAAUCUUCAUCUGAUGCUACACCUCAAAAUUGGCCAACCUUGAAUAAUGGCAAUGGUAAUGGCAAUAAUAACAAGUCCAAAUCAUCAGAUCCAAAUUGGAAUCCUCAAAAUCCUCAACCAACUCCAAAUCAACAAUCAAAAAAGAAGAAUAAGGGACCAAUUGCUCACAAUAUUACAAGAAAUCCUGAUCUGUUAUGGGGUGUUCAAACAUCUACUGCUCCAUCAGGAUUGAAUAAGGAAAUGGAAUUCCCAACAUUACCAACAGCACCAUCAUCUUCUAAGAGUUCAAAGAAAGCAAAUUCUAAUUGGACCAAACCUCUCAAAGAAGAAAAGAAAAAUAGUAACAGUCCAUACUCUGAAUUCGGAAACAUCAAGGUUUAUAAAUUCAGUGAGAGUAAGAAGAAAAAUAAGAAUAAAUAA